UAUUUCUGUGGUGACGCUGCGGUCACACUGUUUUGGAUUGUACACGCGAUUUGGGCAGCAAAAUCGAGCAAAACCGAGCGUUAGAAUUGUGCCAGUGAUACCGCCGCCUGCGGCCGCAAAACAAAACGAUCACCGAAACCCAAAAACCCAAAAAACCGACCCGUCAAAAGGACAAAUACCCACGAAAUAUCCUCCCAAAAAAGGAGGAAAAAAUCGCAAGUUGUUGUUGCCAUUGCUGCUGAAAAAGAACGAGAGAGAGAGGGAGUGUGUGUGUGUAAGUGAGGCUAUCUCUCUCCGACGCACAGUGACAGUGUUUUCCUUUUUUCGAUUUUGUUUUUGUGGCCGCCAACAACAAAAGUCCAGCGAUCCGUUAUUUUUGUGCAAGUGUGAAAGUUCAACGCAGCGCCCCUGUGUGUGUGCGGGUGUUGGUGUGUGUGUGUGCCGCCAAACAACAACAAAAACCGCGCACAACAAAACAAAAUUCACACUCGCGCAUUUGUGUGUGUUUGUGUGUGUGAGAGAGAAAAAUCGAAGAAGUGCCGAGAAAACAAAUUGAAACAAUAUAAACCAAUCCAAUAGUAAUACAAAUUAAAUUCAAACAAAAAUCUAGUGUAGUAAUCCAGGCAUCGAAGGACUUAAACAGAAUAAUAUGUCCACCAUUGAGUUCGAGACGAUCGGCAGUCGCCUGCAAUCCUUGGAGGCGAAACUUCAGAAACAAAAUGAGUCCCACGGUCAGAUCGUCCUUUCCGGUGCUCGUGGUUCAGGCGUUUCCAGUUCCGUUUCCGGUUCGGGUUCCCGCGUUCCGCCACUGGCAACAUCCGCAUCCGCAGCCACAUCCGCCGCCCACAUACCGCCCUUGGGCUCUGGAAUCAGCAUAGCCCAGCGGCCAGCACCUCCAGUUCCUCAGGCGGCACCAAUUGCCACCGCCUUGUCCUUGUCCACAUCCGCCUCUGCAUCCGCAUCUGCCUCAUUCGCAUCCGCAGCCUCGUCGCCGGGCGCCUUUGGCGGAGCAUAUACCCCGCCCACAACCAGAGUACCGCGAGCCACGCCCACUCUACCCAUACCCUCAAGCGGCAGCGGCAUUAACCGGACGAGACCUGUGAUACUGCCGCUGCCCACGCCGCCGCAUCCUCCGGUUUCGGAGACGGAUAAAAAGCUAAAGAUAAUCAUGGAGCAGACGGGCAAGCUGAACAUCAAUGGGCGGCAGUAUCCGACGGACAUCAAUGACCUCAAGCACCUGGGCGACCUGGGCAACGGGACCAGCGGGAAUGUGGUGAAGAUGAUGCACCUGUCCAGCAACAUGAUCAUCGCCGUAAAGCAGAUGCGACGCACUGGCAACGCCGAGGAGAACAAGCGCAUCCUGAUGGAUCUGGAUGUGGUGCUCAAGUCGCACGACUGCAAGUAUAUCGUCAAGUGCCUGGGCUGCUUUGUUCGUGAUCCGGAUGUUUGGAUCUGCAUGGAACUGAUGUCCAUGUGCUUUGACAAGCUGCUCAAGCUCUCCAAGAAGCCAGUGCCGGAACGAAUCCUUGGCAAGGUCACUGUGGCGACGGUCAAUGCCCUGUCCUAUCUGAAGGACAAGCACGGGGUCAUCCAUCGCGAUGUGAAACCCUCGAACAUUCUGAUCGACGAGCGUGGCAACAUCAAGCUCUGUGAUUUCGGAAUCAGCGGUCGCCUGGUGGACUCCAAGGCCAACACUCGAUCAGCCGGCUGUGCAGCAUAUAUGGCGCCGGAGCGGAUCGACCCCAAGAAACCAAAGUACGACAUUCGCGCCGAUGUGUGGUCGCUGGGCAUAACGCUGGUGGAACUGGCCACCGCGCGAUCCCCGUACGAAGGAUGCAACACGGAUUUCGAGGUGCUCACCAAAGUGCUGGACUCGGAGCCACCGUGUUUGCCAUACGGCGAGGGCUUCAACUUUAGUCAGGAGUUUCGCGAUUUCGUCAUCAAGUGCCUCACAAAGAACCAUCAGGACCGACCCAAGUAUCCGGAGCUGCUGGCGCAGCCCUUCAUCCGGACGUAUGAGAUAGCCAAAGUAGAUGUACCCAAUUGGUUUCAGAGCAUCAAGGAGAACCGGCUGCGUGCCAAUGGCGAUCCCACGCUCCAGAGGGCAACGGCGACUGGAAGUGGAGUCGGUUCUGGUUCCGGAUCUCUAGCAGGAUCAGGAUCAACAGGUGGGGCUAUAAAAUAUGGUAGGGCGAUGCCGUUUAUGGCGCAGAGUCCCACAAAUCCGCAGAAGACAAUAAAAGCAACGCAGAUACCGAGUUACCAGCAGCAGCAACAGUCGCAGUAUUUCAUGCAAUCAGCCACACAACUACCUCAAACAACAACUACAACAACAACAACAACCACAACACCGACGGCAACGACAAACUGUUUCGGCGGAAGCGGAAACGGAAACGGUAGAGAAACCAGAAGCGGAAACGGAAGUGGCAGCGGCAGCGGGGGAAGCAGUAGUGCCAGUCCCCUAUCGCCACCAAGCGGAGGAAUCAGCGAUCUUAACCGGCUCUAUCGCAAAUCGCCGUUCAUGCAGCGGAAACAGAGCAACGGAUCCCAUCAUCUACACUACAAAUUCAACGACGAGAGCCCCAAGAAGGAGUCCAUGUUUAGUAGCAUCGGACAAUCUAUUCUACGCAAUCUGACAACAUCGCCCUUCAGCCAAAAGAAACACAAUUCAGCAGCAGGGACUGCAACAACAAUACCACUGCCGCACAACAACCAAACAUUAUUCAUGGAUGCAGCCACAUCAACAACAACAGCAACAACGCCGCCAAAUAUUGCAGCUGCAGCGCCAACGACAACGCCAGCGACCACGCCCACUUGGCGCCUACCAGCGGACAAUUCCCAAGCCUACGACGGCUGUGAUAGUAGUAGUAAUGCGACCACGACCUUGAACUUGGCCCUCUCCUCACCCUCCCCCUCGAUGACGCGCAAGCAGUUCCCCACAGAGUCGCCGACCCUGCAACUCGCCAGUCCGCAGCAGCAACAACAACAACAGCAACAACAGCAGCUGCAGCAGCAACCACAGCGAUUGCAGCCGGGCAAUCAAAGCCCCAUAGUGCUGCAGCGCUUCUAUCACCAGCAGAAUCAGCUGCGCGAAAAGGAAGCGGCGGAGCGGUACCAGCAGCAGCGCCAGCAGCCGCCCGUUGGAGUGACCAGCACGAAUCCGUUUCACAGCAACUAUGUGCCGCCGCCGCCAUCGACGCACUCCACCUCUAGUCAGUCCUCCACGCAGUCGACGUGCUCCCAGAUCGCCGUCAAUCCCGCCAGCCUAUCGCCAUCGUCUGGGUCUGGUAUAGCUUCGAUAGGAGGGGGAUUGGGAAUAGGAUCAGGAUCAGGAUCAGGAACGGGAACGGCAACAGGAUCGGGGACAGGAUCCGGAGCAGCUGGUCACUUUGGCGCGGGCGGCAGUGGUGAGCAGUUGCAGUACCAGCCGUUGCCCAUCGCCGCCGAGGCAACGGUCACGAGUCCCACGCUUCUGCCCCCCAGAUCCCCGGAUCAGCAGCAGCAGCAGUCGGACUGCGGAGGACCCAGCGCCAUGGUGGCCAGCAAGCUGAGCAAGCUGUACGCACGCCGCCAGCUUUUGGGCCAGAGCUCGAGCAGCGGGGCGAGCAGCAGCAGCCUGGAUGGCUGCAGCCGGGAACAGCACGAUGCCGGCUGGUUCAACACUCUCGCCGGCGCCAUGAAGCGACAGUUUGCCACCUAUGUUAAAACCCAAUUGAAUUCCACAGCCACGUCGCCAGUGGCGGCCAGCAUGGAUCGUGAUCGGGAUCGGGAGCGGGAGCAGGAGUUAGUGCAUCCGCCGCAGCCGCCGGCUUACAGGAGCAUCGUGAACAACGGCAGCGGUGGCGGAAAGUCCUACUACUAUCGCACCUUGUCGGCGGCCAGCAGCAGUAGUAAUACCAGCCAGAGCACCUCGCCGACGACGGAACCGCUGCCAGGAGGUGGCACCAGUAGCUUCCUGCGCCGUUACGCCAGCAGCGGACCCGGCAUUGGCAUGAGCAGCGGAGGAGGAGGAGGAGGAGGAGGCAGCAUCAGCACUCCACCCAGUCCGCACAUCUUGGCCGGACUGGAUCGCCGGCACCGAAGUCCCGAUCCCCCGCCGCGCUACAAUCGCGGUCAGUCGCCGCUGUUGCUGCGCAAGAAUCUUCUAGAGCUGAGUGGCCAGCCGCCGGGCUCACCACUUUUGCACCGCCGAUACGUUUCGGCUUCGCCGCCCUUGCCGCCACCCCGUCGAGGAUCUGAAAGUGUGCCGGGAUCACCGCAGCACUUCCGCACCCGCAUCCACUAUACGCCCGAGCCCCAGAGACGCAUCUACCGCACGAUAGAUCAAUGAGUAGCGCUGCAAAUCAUGGUCAUGUGAUGCUGGUACGGCUUCGACGACGAUGCCGCCAGUGCUGCUGUCCACGACGACGACGGGGAGCAGAUGCAGGAGCUACUGGAGCCCGUUUCCAUGCCCGUUUCCAUGCCCGUCUCCAUGCCCGUCUCCGUCGCGUCAGCAGCCGGCGACUCGCUGUCGAUGCCGAUGACAUAUGCAGAUAGUCUGGGCACCACCAAGUCGUCCGGGAUCAACCGGCGGCGAUUUAGUACCGGACGACGGACGUGUUCGGCCAGCGGAUCGUAUGCCAGCUUGUAUUCGGACAGGGACGAAUGGCCAGGAGGAUCAUCGACGGCAACAUCGACGACGACGACGAACAGAGCUGGAUAUCCGUGGACAUGUGAUUGAUGACAAACGAAAGUGUUCAAAAGUCUUUAUAUACGUUUAAGUGCUUGAGCCCCAAGCGGCGAUUCAAUUGCAUAAGCAUCUGCUAAACACUUAGUUUCGUUGCGCAGCUCCAACUGUACAUAGACAUUUAUCUGUAGGGAUCUAUAUAGAAACAUCCGAUAAUAGUGCAAUAGUUGAAAAGAAUUCUGUUCGCCCAGCCCCCCUGUAACCAAAAUUCUCUUAUAUAUAUAUAUAUAUCUUUAUCUUUAUCUUUAUCUGUGUCUGUAACUCCUUUGAAUGGCAACUCUGUAAUCAAAACGUUAACACUUUACAUAACGUAAAUUAUUGAACCGUAGCUCUAAAAACAAAACAAACAAACAUAGCUAAUUCGAAAUGGGGAAAAUCCAAGAAAAAGAAUGAGAAAUUCAAAUACUUUGUAGCUUUGUAUAUAGAGAGGAGGUUAAGUGCAAAAGUCGUUGCAUUUGGCUGUCUGCAAUUUGUUUUAGUUUAUACAUUUCAUUACAACAUCAACUUGUGUGCUGAGUGGAAGGGAAACCAACAACAAACAAAACAUUAACAAUGGAAUUAUUGUACUGAUUAUUAUAAUUGUUUAAUUUAUUAUGUAAGCGGCAACAAGCAAAAAUUCAAAUUCAAAUUCAGUUUUCGUUUUGUUUUUAAUUUAAAAGAGGGGGGAAAGUUGGCUCUUCCUUCGGCCAGUUUCGUCGAAGAUUUUUACAACUUUACCAUGGAUUUGGAAAUUUUGGAUUUGCUGUUUCUUGUUUAAACGCAAUACUUGUAUUAAAUUAUUUGGCAAAAAAGAAAGAAAAAGAAAACCGAUGUGGGUGAAAGUUAUAAUAAUUUAAAAUUUGUUAAACAACUUCAGGAACCGCUUAUUAAAACCCGAACCUAUUUUUUAAUUUCUUUAAUUAUUUUCUAGGGGUUUCCACGUUUCUAUAUUCCACGCUUAUAUUUAUAUAUUUUAAAAACAUAAGAAAGGAACAAUAAAUCAAUAAACCGAA